AUGGAGUCUCUCUCAGUGUCAACCAACAGCUUUACUCUGGACCUUUACAAAAAGCUGAAUGAAACUUCCAAAGGCCAAAACAUUUUCUUUUCUCCUUGGAGUAUUGCAACUGCUCUCGCCAUGGUCUACCUAGGUGCAAAAGGUGACACUGCAACCCAGAUGGCUGAGGUUCUUCAUUUUAACCAGACUGCAGGAAAAGAAGGCUCAUCUGAGACAACAAGGCCUUCUCUGGGGAGACCAAAGAAAAGAAAGAUGGAUCCUGAGCACAAGCAAGCUGAAAACAUCCACUCUGGCUUCAAAGACCUCCUGGCUGUCAUAAACAAGCCCAGAAGCACCUACUUGCUGAAGAGUGCCAACCGACUAUAUGAGGAAAAGACUUACCCGUUACUGCCUAAAUACUUACAGCUCAUUACAAGCUAUUACAAUGCAAAGCCACAAGCUGUAGACUUUAAAACAGCUGCAGAACAAGCCAGAACGCUGAUCAAUUCAUGGGUUGAAAAUGAAACUGAGAGGAAAAUACAGGAUCUGCUGCCUGCAGGAUCUCUCAAUUCUCACACUGUAUUGGUCUUAGUAAAUGCCAUUUAUUUCAAAGGAAAUUGGGAUAAGAAAUUUCUGGAGAAAAAUACUUCUGAGAUGCCUUUCAGAGUGAGCAAGACCAAGACUAAACCAGUACAGAUGAUGUUUCUGAGAGAUACAUUUUUGAUACUCCAUGAACCAACCAUGAAAUUCAAAAUCAUUGAGCUGCCAUAUGUAGAAAAUGAACUCAGCAUGUUCGUUCUCCUACCAGAUGACAUCAGUGAUAACACUACUGGUCUGGAGCUGGUUGAAAGAGAGCUGACCUAUGAGAAACUGGAUGAAUGGACCAAAUCAGCCAGCAUGAUGAAAGCUGAAGUUGAUCUGUACCUGCCCAAGUUGAAGCUGGAAGAGAAUUAUGACCUUAAAUCCACUUUGACCAGCAUGGGGAUACAAAAUGCUUUUGACCCUGUUCAGGCUGAUUUCACAGGGAUGUCAGCUAAGAAGGAUCUUCUCAUCUCAAAAGUUAUUCACAAAGCUUUUGUGGAAGUCAGCGAAGAAGGUACUGAGGCAGCAGCUGCCACAGGUGUCCUGGUACUGAGAUCAAAAGCACCAACAAUGACUUUUAAAGCUGACCACCCUUUCCUCUUCUUCAUCAAACACAACAAAUCCCAAACCAUCCUCUUCUUUGGCAGACUCUGCUCACCCUAG